AACCAGCUUGAGCGAUUCGAAAAGCUGAUGACCGACAUGUUUGAGUACCUCGAUUCCGUGUCCCAAGCGAACAACUCGCAGUCCGCCGCGAUCGAAGCGCAGCUGCAGGAGUCUGUUGAGGCCCUCCGCGACAUGGAGAGGAUGCAGCCGACUCUGAGUAACAUGGACAAUGCUGUUGAUCAACUGCAGAAAUUUUUUGCCCAACCCUAUAUUGAGAGCAUUAAAGGACGUCUGGCUGAGUUGAAACAAACCUGGAAUAGGAUAAAGGACCUUACAAACGAAAAUAUUUCCUUCCUCCGGAGAAAGCUAGAAACAGCUCUCGCCCUGGAGGAGACGGGAAGCUUAGAGAGGACACCAGAUGACCAGCGAAGUCUUUCAGUUGAGUCUUCCGGUUGUUCGGUUCAAGAGGCGCCUAUCACUGUGACAGGUGAUGAACGCCUACUUCAACAAGCAUUACCAAGAAAGGAAUCUGAUGAUAUUGAAGCUAAUGUCAUCACCGUUAAGAUGCUGGAUAUGAAUGAGCUCCAAAGGUGGAUUUCAAAGGCUAAACACCGUCUUUCCAAAUACAACGCAAUCAACAGUGCUGAUGAGCUUGAAGCCUUUGCAAAUUUUCUCGAAGAGUUUGGAAAGGAAUUGCAUUCAAAGCGAUCAAUGAUUGCUGCAAUUCGUAGCGGCCAAGUCACAGACGCAACAGGAAAGCCAGUUACCGAAAGAACAGCCCUUCUUUUCUCUGGACACUUUGCAGAUCUGGAGUCAGAAUAUGCAGCUGGUCAGGAGCGGCUUAAAUCAGCCACGUACCACCUUAAUGAUUUUAAUUCUCUGAUGUCGUACGAAAAACACUGGUUAGACCGCGUUGAAACAACGAUUAGACGAUCGAAGCAGCACCAUUAUACGGAUAUUGACUAUAUCUGCGAAGACAUAACGGCAUUUGAGAACUUGAAAUCAGAACAUACCGAUGACGAUUUUGCGCGGUUGCAGCAGAUAGUGGAGCUUCUUUCUUCCGAAAGCACCAUGGCCCAGAAGCUCUCCUCGGAAUUCGAAUCUUACGCAGCCAACGUUAGCAGCGCUCUCCAACGACUUAAUGAACGCCUCGAGGAAUUGAAAAUUCUGAAAAAGAGAACUGAGGAUACUCACGCUCGUCUGGCCGAAUACGAGAAGUGGCUGCGUGAAACGGAGGCAAUCGUGCAAAAGCGACUUCGGGAUGGUGAAAAUGCUUCUUCAAACCCCGAGGAAUUCUCCAGUUGGUGUGCGAAUGUCACGAACAUGGAGGAAAUGGUCUCGACUAUCAAUCCGACGCUUGAAAUGGGAACCAACAACCUUCCAGGGAAUGCAGUGGAACCUAAUAGUCUGGGUGAACGAGCAGCUACCAUUAAGGCGGAAUUAGCCAACUUCAAACGAAUCCUUUUGCAAUUCACCUACCCAACUGACGUUCAGGACUCCAUAGCAUGUUGUCGCGAGGCCACUCGGGAGAACGACGUUUCAGCCAUCAAUCUGGAAGUCGUUUCUCUAGCCAGUGAGCACGUUUCAGGUCUUGUAAAGAAGAGCCAAGAUCUGUGUAAUCGCAUUCAGGACACACAAAACUUGUUAAGCGGUUUACAAUCAACAGUAUCUUCAAUGCAGAUCCGACCUGAGCUAAGCGCCUGCAAUGAAGAUUUGCUGAUGGAACUCAACGAUCUCUAUAGUAAAAACACCAAGCUCUACGAACAUGUUAAACGAUUUGAAAGAGAUGUCCAAAAGUUGCAGCCAUUUGCCGACCAAUAUUCAGCGAUUAUUGAUCCAUUGGAACAAGUUAUGAUGAACGUGGAAGAAGUUACAGAUUAUUUGGAGACAGCCGACACUCAGGUCUCCCACAUAGACAUGCUUCAGCAAGUGCACUCAGAACUCUCGGAAGUGUUAGGACCAGAACAAAAAGAUGCUGUCUUACCUACAGCAGAUGGUUCCGUCUCAGAUGUCAAGAAACCACCUCUUCAACAGCUUGAAGAACUUCUUACCAAGCUUGAGUCUGAGGCGACCCCUGUUGACGGUUUAUCCAGCACUAUUGCCGAUGUGCGCCGGGUUAUCAAUAAGGCUUUUGCUGCCCGCACUGCAUUCCGGGCGCAGAUCGAUGGAAUAAAGACGGCGUCAAGUGAGAGCUCGAUUACAGAAAACACGGAAAUUCCGCUGCCUUCAAAACAUCCAGUUGAAAUCCAAGGCGUACAAGUGGCCUCUGUUGAAGGACAGGAGAUCGGCCCUCAGGAGGAGACAAAUAACCAUAACCUUUCGACUCUUUACACAAGGUCGAACCAAUUGAUAGCGGAGAUGGGAAGUUUCUUUGAAGAUCUGGCUAGUUUUAAUAAGUACUGUGUCAAACUGGAUCAACCUCCUAAAUCCGCAACAGCAGCGGCCCAAAGCGAACCCUUGCAGACUUCCAUCACGGCAUGUUCUAAAAAAAUUGAGUAUUUCAAGCAACAAUCUCAAUAUCUGGAGUCUCGUCUGAAUGACCUAGUAAAAGCCGCGAAUGUUCUUCCAAUUGAGAGCAGAAAUAUGGUUCAAAAAGUACAGAAACUUUGGGCAAAUUCGAGGGGCCACCUUUCCUGGCAAAAUGAGCAAAUCAACCAGUUAUCGAAAACGCUGAAGGAUGCCGAAGAAGCAUUUACAAAAUAUGAGAGACUGCCCACUGACAAAAAUCGUAAGACUUGUCUCACCUAUAUAACCCAGUUGGAAGGGACAUACAACUGGAGCCUAACACAGGAUAGGGCUCGUCUGGAUGACGAUAAACAUGGUGAAAUAGCCCGUCAAUUGACAAGCGCUCUUCAGCAAACUUGCAUUCUACGCAAAUUACUGCCCUUUCGUGAGUGCCUCCAACAAUUCGUCACCCAACUGAAUGAGAUUCAAGAUGAACUCCACUCCUGUCAAAGCAUUCCCACACACGAGCUAUCAAGCCAAAUCCAAAGUUUGGAUCAAUACUUUAUCUUGGCACAGGAAGCAGCGUCAAAAGCAACCAACAUUUUAAACCGCUGCAAAGCAGGUCACACCCCAGUUGUCAUCACAGAUGACGGUAACGAAAGUGGAAACAACGGUGAUGAACUCCUCGGGAAUCUUUUGUGGCUCGAAGCUGUUCUUGAAACCCAGAAAGGCAGACUCAACUCGUACUGUAACGAAUUUCACCUAUGCAGACCAUACUGGCAGGAGUAUGCCCUUCUCUGGCAGUCUUUCAUGAAUGAGGCGAUCCGACAGAAACACCAAAUCGCAAUGCUUCAUCUCGAUCGUCGACCUUCUGAGGACCAAGGCAACACAGAAACUAGUGAAGGAUCAGCAAGGGAUUACGCCGUGAACAUCUGCUCCUCAGUUCUCACACUUCAGCGUCUAGGUAGCAAACUCGUAUGGAAAGCUCAGCGAGGCGAGGUCGGUCAAGGCCUCGAUUCAGACCUCUACCUGCAGCCAGUUUUCGACAAACGCUGUUCCCGUCGACCCUUGAGGAACGAGGUGACCCUUCAAAACGAUGUCACCUUUGUCAACGAAACCUUUGAUGCGAUAGUUGGAGAUUUGAGGACACUGUCAAAAAAAUACGCCAUCGAAGGCUUUCUACCUCCAAACUUACGAAUCGAUGCCACAAGUUUGGAGUCACACACCUCCGGCAAGGCCGACUCAUCUGGCGAUACUGAUGGCGUUUUGGAAACAACUUUUCCACAAAACCAGUCCCUAGGCAGAUCAGAAGAUUUGGGCGUCACCAACGUUGAGGCCUGUCUGAAUCGGUUAAAGGAAGAGCUCAUUUGGCUUGAGGAAAACCAACUUUACGUGCCAGUGGUCGAAACCCCGACGAAUUAUAUAUCCAAAUUAGACGGGGAAUUUUGGCUCCCACCUGGGGCUGCCGGUCCUCUACGGCUGUGCUCAAAGUGGGCUAAACGGAAGGCGCAGGACUUAUCAAAAUUGGACGGCGCACUAAAAACACAUGAAAGGCGCUCCGGACAGCUAUGUACCAUUUCCGAGAAGUUGAGCGCUGAUCUGGAGGACUCUGAGACACGCCGGCGUCUCCACGAAGCAGCUGACGAACUUCACGCAUGCAUGGAAUCGGCUCGCGGCAUCAUUAAUCGACGUCGGACACGUUUGGCUAGUUGGUUAUCUACCUGUCUUACCUUUGAAGCCGCAAUGCUGAUGGAUUCUGAUGGAGAGGAGGUGGAUAAGGGAGGGGAACAGACACUGCCUGUGUGGAUUUCAACAAUUCGGAAGCGGCUCCAGAUGUCUUCACCAAAUCUUGACUCCCCCAUGUUCCAGAAAGAAUUGGAGCAAUUACGAGGGGAAUUCGAUCCGGCCGGAAGUGGCACUGGACAAACACUACGGGCAGUAGAGUUAGCAUUUGAAACCCAACUGUCGGACGCACAGUCACCGCCCCAAAACUACCAAUACGGGGUUUUUCCCCAACUUGACCCUGGUGUAGUGGACAGCAUUCAAAUUUGUCUCAGUGAAUGGAAAACCGUUUGCCGGCUUCUUCGAAUUGGUGAGAACAACAUGGAUCUAUCCCAAAGUUCCGACCAGCGACAGCAGCAAACCUCUCCAAUGACUCACGAAGCCGGUCUGGACGCCUCGGUGAGAAAGCUCGCUUCCUGGUUGGACACUGUCAUCGCAUACCUGAGUUCCAAUGUUGCAUGCCUGGGUGGUAAAUUCAACCAGGAAGCCGUCAUUGCUCACAUAAAGAAUCGAUCAGGUGACCAGAAGUCCUACACAGUCCGUUCCCUCUACCCUGAGGUCAUCCAAAUUCAGCUCCAGCAAUAUGCCAUCGAGUUGGACGCCCGGAAACCACAGCUUGACAAGCUACAAAUUGAGGCGGGACGGUUGACUGAAGGUUCCAGAAACAGAGACGUAUCACCAAGUCAACUAGUCUCAAUGGAAAGUAAAAAAUUUGCAAAUGAGCAGCCUCAGUACCAGCCAGUUGCGGUCUCCUCCUCCCAAAUGACUUCAUAUUUCACCUCGUCAAUAAAUCGGGUAUUUACUACCAUAAAACAAGCUGUGAAUGAGCUGGUUGAUGAGACUGCAACAGGACAGAAGCCAGUUUCCACUUCGCUCCCUGCAAAUAGCUCUGCAAUUGUUGAUAUUAUUCCCACGCGUUCCCGGCGUAUAUCCAAGAGUGAUGUUUAUAGCAGUUCUUCAUCACCUCUGGAGGUUAUGGUUUCAAAUUCCUCCCCGAGAAAAUUGUCUAUGGCCGAGAUUUUUGGGGAGAAUCAGAACAAUUCCACAGCUGAGGAAAAAACUGAAUCAGAUUCUGAACUGGCAGACGCCAAUGCUGGCCCCAUAGAGGACCAGCAAAGUUCACCCGGACGUGUAGAGCCGCUGCCAAAACCCGGACUUCCAGACAAUUCAGUUGUAAAUGUAACAAAGAAAGCACAGAUUUCGGAGCCUGUUAAGCUAGUUGAUUUUCAGCAAAGAAGAAAAAUUCCGAACUCUCACUUGAGCACUCUUCAUGAGGAGGACGAUGGCGAAAAAUCACUUGAACCCUCUCCCCAACGAAUUAACUCUCUACAUUCACACGAUACCAUCUCAAGCCCGAACACCCAGUCCGAGGUAGUUGCUCAACUUAAAGAAAAACAGUUGAAAACUAAAAAAACUGCUAGUGUUGGAGUCUUAGACCCUGCUGAGGCUGCUGUCGAGGAAGUUCGACAAAGUUGGAACUCAACUAGUGCCCAAGUGAAAGCUCGUUUGGAUGAACUAGAAAAGAUGUUAAUAGCGACAGACGAGUUGAAGAGCGCGGAAAAGGACCUUGAUCGGUGGUUAUCACGCGCGGAAGCAGACCUGGCAAAUGCCCUUUCAAACACUCAGGAAGCAGCGGAGAGGAAACGCCUAAUUCAGGAAAUAAUCGAUCGCUUACCAGCUGGUGAAACGAAAUUUAUGACGCAUCAAAAUAAAUGCGAGGCUAUUUUAUCCAAGUACUCCAAGGAGGAUACGCAGAAAUUUCGCUCGGAUCAGGAGGCUAUCAGAAGCCGUUGGUCUCAGCUUGUGUCCAGACUUCGUGAAUCCUUGGAAUGCACGUCACAACCCGAUUCAGACUUCAUUGAAAUCCCCAUCAGCACCCAUCCGAGAUCACCAGAGACGGACCUUCAGAGGAUUACCAGAUUACGGAGUGUCUCAACACAGCAGGCUGGUUCCUACAGGUCCACUGAGCAUUUCCUCCCACCUGAACCCAGAAGCAUGGAAGCCUCAAUGAUCGAGACAUCCUACAACGUGGGUUCGCCUGGCCAAGGUUACAGCUCAAGUACUCUGGGACGGCAUCAUUUAGACCAGAAGCCCCCGUUUUUAAACGAAGCCUAUCGUGGAAACCAGUUGUCAAGAAGUGUUGAUAUCCGCGUCCGACCUUGUGAUUCAAGGCCAGUAAUGCGAAUGCCUCUAGAGAAUUGGCCUCUGUUUUUGGCUCAGCUACGCCAGAUGAACGACUGGCUGGCUCACCAGGACGCAGCCUUUCAUCAACUCAGGGGAACUGUUGGUGGUGACAGCGAAACUGUCAGCCAGCUCAUCAAUUCUUUUUCGGUUUUGGAAGAGGAACUACAGCAGCAGAGAUUCCAAGUUGAGGAACUUCUUGACCGUGGGCAUGUUUUCUUGAAGGAUCAAUUUGUCGAUGCUCGAUUAGGAUCUUUUGUGGAAUCUGAAGGAGACUCCGAUGGCUCUGAACUUGACCUCGUCAAUGUUGACUUUGACGAGUCUAGCAUGAGCACUAAACGAAUCAUUCGACGCAUCAAACGUCACUUGAAUUACCUAGACAAACACUGGGCUGAACUGAAUGGUUCCAUGUUAACUUACCGACAGCAACUUGACAGGGCCUUCCAGAAACUCACGGUGUUUGAAAGGGUACUGGACGAUGCCGAGCGGGAACUGGCGUCAACUCAAAAACUUCUGAUGUCACGUGACCUCUCCGGUUCUACAGAUGACCAGGCUCUGCAGGUCAUAUGGGACACCUGCGCUUCGGUAACCCAUGCGAUCGCUGGUUUGGAUGGUCAGGCGUUACGAUUAAGUGACGACGGCACUAUCAUCUCCCACGUUCUCAUCUCGCGUCUUGAUGGAUUAAAAAUCGGCCUGGAGCGUUUGCGAUCGGAAACAAAUGAUGAGAUGAAUCGCUCCCCCACGAGAAACGGUGAAGCGGGUGUUGUUCCGGUGUCUCAGCGUCCACUGCGGUCCCCACCUCAACAUCUACUGGAAGGUGACAGACCGGCUUCUGUCGCCUCAACUGCCGGUUCUGGCGCCCCAAUCCCCAGGCCCAAGAGUCCCUCUGAAUGCUGGUUGCAGGCCUUCAAAACUAUCGAUCAAAUUCCCUUGAAUGUGGCCACGGAAACCUUUGCUCGUCACGGGCUAUCAUCGCCCUUGUGCAGUGAAGGGUGCGACGGUCGUGUAAUGGACGUGCCCCAGAUUGUGAAUUGUCUCACGACACUGUACUGUCGAGUCUGGGACACGCUGGUGAGUCAACCCGACGUCGUCAAGGUUACCGAUCCAGAGGUCAGUGGGACAAAGGCUGGGACUCUCCCACAAAACGCGAAUUUGGCGUGCAAGACUUGCACCUCUGAGUCAACGCUAAGUGCGGCAGGCCGGCUGGCGUCAACGAACGAGAGUUAUUCUACCUCUGAAAACCGACCAAAGACACGGCGGACUCCUACCCACCGCAGUGCGAUCAAGUGCAUGACCAGCGUGCUUUGCGUUUCGGGAAGCAAACACAGUCGAGGAAGGGACGACGAUGAAGAAAAUUUGGACGCUGAGAAUGGUGGACCUCGACGACCAGUAACACUAAGUGGUCCGCAACCCGAUGAAAGCGGGUCACCUGGAAGUUUGAUCCCUGCCGAAUCCCACGUUCCCACCUCGUUCUCCCGUGUAGAUAAAUUGCAAACUAUCCUCAAACUGCCUGAUGGAAGAGAAUUCUCUCUGCCAACCUGCGUUGAUUUGGCCUUAAACCUUCUUCUUAAUUCCUUCGAUAGUUUGGUUGCUGAUCGCGACAACAAAAUAAACAAUUCGCGUCUCUGGCUUCUCAUCUAUGAGACAAUGCAACUUCCUCGACAGCUGGGAGAAGUUCAAGCCUCAAACAAUAACCUUGACCCAAACAUCCUAAUGUGCUUUGCAAAGAAUCUCAAAGUAGGUGGCCAUGAAAGCAGACCUAAUGGUGUCACGCGUACCCCUACGAUGGAGAGCCAAAGGUCAGUGACAUGGCCUCCCAAUGAGGGUGACUCACUUCCAAGUGUAGGACUAGACCGCUUCUACGAGUGGCUCAAACUAGAGCCUCCUAUGAUCGCUUGGGUACCAGCUCUUCACCGUUUAGUUGCUGGUGAAAAGCUGACUCACCAGGUUCGCUGUGCUGUGUGCCAGACCUACCCGAUGAAGGGUCUCCGGUACCGUUGUUUGCGAUGCCUAAACUUUGACAUAUGCCAAAAUUGUUUCCUCGUCGGACGUGUGGAGAAAAGUCACAAGGUGACUCAUCCGACGCAAGAGUACACCGCCACGCUACAACGAAGCGAUAGUCUACGUGACUUCACACGCGUUGUACGAAAUCGUUUCAAAUCAAAGGAAAAAUUCCGCCAAAGUUCUUUCGAUACAGAAGAUGCGUCAAAAUCUAUCACGGUCUCACGACCCACUGGUCUAGCAACACCAACUCUUCAUGACCGACCGCCGAGAUCAACGGCGUUUCGUCAGAACUCCACUGCCGCCCAGCACCCGAGCCGCGCUUUCUCAGCUUGGCAGAACAACCGACCUGCGUCCCUGGGCGACACCAGAAAGCGAGUGUUGGCCACUGGUGGUGUCAGUAGCGGGGAUAAUUCCCUACCCAGACUAGCUGGAAAGCCACCCAGAGGAGCCUCUAUAGACCAGGAGCACGAACUUAUUGCCCAAUACAGCCAGUCACUUCGAAGGCAAAACUCCUUUACGUCGACUGGUAUGCCAAUGCCUGGAUGCCAACAGCCGUCUUACUUGGGGCCGAGAGAGCCGCACUACCCGAUGGCAGGACAAUGGCAAUACCCCGGGGGCGUCUACGACCGGUCACGUGCUCCUGAACCACGUUUCUUCACAAUGAGGCCCAAUCAGUAUCGCGGUGGCGGCGGAUUCCGUGCAGCGUCUCAGCCCCCUCCUCCUCACGGGGGCUCAAGUGCCUUUGUCUCCGGUCCGCCGAUCAACAGUCACGCCAACUGGUAUCGAAACUCUAAUGGCUGGACCGGUCCUGUGGUUGCUGGCAGUGCAGGCUCACUUGACAAGGAGUACUCUCAUUCAUUUCACCCCAUCAAAGAAGAGCGAGAGGACGAGGUCUUAAUGAACUUGGAGGAGGAAAAUCGCUUUUUAAGGGCAGAAUAUGAUUGGCUGCGGUUACAUUCUUCGGGUCAAAACCUGCGGCCGAUGCGGUCGCCUUCACUGCAGUAUCCGCUAUCUCUGCCAGGAGCUUACCCUGAAGCGGAUCGAUAUCACUCUCCCGCAUACUACGGAAACCCCUACUUUCCUGGGUACCCUCCUAUGAACCCUCCUCAAGGAAGCCAAACCGAACGCAUCUACCCGUCCAGCAAUGGGAUAUUGUAUGGUGGUUCACUUGGAAGAGCUUCCGGUCCUACCGCUCACGCUGCUUUCCUUCGAAGUAGCGGAGGUGGCAGUGGUUCCUGUAGGCUGGGUUUUGAACAAGGCAAUCAACGCUAUCAGUUGCCCACAGCCAAGCCUACUCCAAUGCCGACAAAUCAGCAACCCGCACAUCCUACCAUGCAAGAAGGAGAGUUGGCGCAAGAGGCACGUUUGUUACGGCAACACAAAACUCGUUUGGAGUCCCGUAUGCAGCUUUUAGAAGACCACAAUAAGGCACUAGAAGAUCAGUUGAAUCGUCUCCGACGGUACCUCAAUAUCCCUGCUUCCGCUUCUGCUAACCCUAUCUCGGUGACAGCAUCCCCUAAUGCACCAUCACAGUCUUUCGACCAGACAUGCACCCAGUCGUAUGCUCGAACAAAUGGGACCGCUGACCAACAGUCAGGCAACGACUACCUCGGUACCCAGUAUAUCCCCAUCUCUGACGAACUCCCCCCGACGUCAUCCUACGCGACUCCAGUCGAUCCUCCAGCUUUCAAUCAAGGUCAGGGAAGAUCGGGUUCCUUAACAGGAGCUAGCCCCUAG